AUGGCUCCUGGAAAUGGCUCAGUUGUGACAGAGUUCAUCCUGAAAGGAUUAACAGACCGGCCAGAGCUCCAGCUCCCCCUGUUCUUCCUGUUUCUGCUCAUGUACAUGGUCACUGUGUUGGGAAAUUUGAGCUUGGUGACUCUAAUUGGGCUGAACUCACACCUUCACACCCCCAUGUACUUCUUCCUCUUCAAUUUGUCCUUAGUAGAUCUCUGCUAUUCUUCUGUCUUCACACCUAAAAUGUUGAUGAACUUCACAUCAGAGAAGAAUAUUAUAUCAUAUGUGGGGUGCAUGGUGCAGCUCUACUUUUUUGUCUUUGUUGUUUCUGAGUGUUAUGUUCUGACAUCAAUGGCCUAUGAUCGCUAUGUGGCCAUCUGCAAACCACUAUUGUACAAUGUCAUCAUGUCCCCUAACGUGUGUUGGAGUCUUUUGCUUGGUUCAUACUUGAUGGCCUUUUCUGGAGCCAUGGCUCAUACUGGCUGCAUGCUGAGACUGACCUUCUGUGAUGCAAACACCAUCAACCACUAUUUCUGUGACCUCCUCCCGGUGCUGCAGCUCUCCUGCACCAGCACAUAUGUCAAUGAACUCUUGGUUUUUAUAUUGGGUGCAGUCAACAUCACUGUACCCAGCAUCACCGUGUUCAUCUCUUAUGGCUUUAUUCUCUCUAAUAUCCUUCAAGUCAGCUCUGCCAAGGGCAGGUCCAAAGCCUUCAGCACCUGCAGUUCCCAUAUAAUUGCUGUGUCUUUGCUGUUUGGAUCAGGUGCAAUUAUGUAUCUUCAGCCAUCUUCUGCUGGAUCCAUGGAUGUGGGAAAAAUUUCUUCUGUGUUUUAUACAAAUGUGGUUCCUAUGAUGAAUCCGUUAAUUUAUAGCUUGAGGAACCAAGAUGUUAAACUUGCUUUGAAAAAAACGUUGAGUAGAAUGCUUUGA